CACUGCCGCGUGUUCUCCGACGGCUACCUCCGGCGAAAGCAAUCACAACCUUCACCGGUUUCUCGACGGCUCCAACGUUUGGCGAAUUAAAUACAUACUCUUCUCCUCUUUGUAUUUGUCUUCGCCUCUUCUCUGGACUGUCCAUCUUCUCCGAUGAAUCGGACCGCCGCCGUCACCGUACAUCUCAGUUUCGAAAUUGUUUCAGGUGAAGAGCUCCGAAGCUUCUCUACUUCUCCGGUGAGACCGACCACCGCCUCCUCCGAUACUCCGAUACCUUUCAACACGAUUUUAGAAGUCUUCAAGAGAAAUUACGGUCUUGAAUCACCUCCUCUUGGCCAUUUACUCCAAUCUCAAGCCAUACAGCAAUGGAUCUUAAAGCUGCUUGAGAAAGGUCAGAUAAUCAUAAGUACUCCUGAGAAAUGCAUUGAGAUAGAGGAUGAGAUGGAACUCUCUCCUCUCAACCUUGCUUCCGAGUAUGACAUGAUUCCUAUACGGCCUGGCGAGGAGGACACUGUUCGAAGAUUAAUCAAUCACCAGAGCAAUGGCUGGCUGAAUCUUGCUCUGCUAGCUAUGGAAGUAAGCCAGAUGGUGACUCAAGGCAUGUGGGAGCGGGACUCCAUGCUUCUGCAGCUCCCUCACUUCACAAAGGACUUGGCCAAGAGGUGCCAAGAGAAUCCGGGGAAAAAUAGUGAAACUGUAUUUGAUCUUGUGGAGAUGGAGGACGAAGAGCGCCAAGAGCUUCUCAAGAUUGAAGAGGUGAACCCAGGGAAAGAGGUUACAUUGCAAGUGAUGCUUGAGAGAGACAUGGAGGGGAGGACAGAAGUGGGACCUGUGGAUUCACUCAGGUAUCCCAAGACCAAAGAAGAAGGAUGGCGGCUGGUCGUGGGCGAUACCAAGACGAACCAGUUGCUAGCAAUCAAGCGUGUCUCAUUGCAACGGAAAGCGAAGGUGAAGCUGGAUUUCACAGUACCGAGUGAACCAGGAGAGAAGUCAUACACACUAUACUUCAUGUGUGACUCCUACUUGGGGUGUGACCAAGAGUACUCUUUCUCGGUUGAUGUCAAAGGAUCUGGCGCUGGAGAUCACAUGGAAGAAUGAUUUGUUAUUCAGGUUAGUUCCACAGUUUUCUGGUCAUAAUUUUCGGUUUAAGAUUCUGUACAUGGUUGUAGUUUUUGUGUUACGAACUUUGCUUUACUAGAAUCUGCUUUGUGCAUUGACCAACUCGCUUUCAUAUAUCGUGUGAGUAAUUUGUUCAUCAAUCUGCUGAGUGUUAUUUUUCUGCUUCCUCUGUUUUCUACUUUUCUUUUUGCAUCACUGCUAUAUGAAAACUGCUUUGUGAAUCAUGUCUCAUAAAUCUCACAUGCUGUU